AUGUCCGUCCUAUCAUCCAAAUUCUUUACCUUACUCUUUUUCAUUGUUCUUCUCAUUCAAAACGGUAGUUCAUUUCCCACUGCUCUCCGAAAACGAGAUUUAACGCAAUGUUCAGGAUCAUAUCAUAUUACGAACUUAAAUUUUUUACCAAAUCCGAUCCCCUUAUACUUAUCUUCCUUAACCGCCACUAUUUCUGGAACGACCGACGUACAAAUCACUGGUGGUAGUAUCGUCGCAUCGGUAUACGGAAGCAACUAUACAGUUCAAACGUGUGAUUAUGUUACGUGUCCUAUUGCAGCCGGACCUUUUAGUUUCAAUAUUACUGAGAAUAUACCAACAAGUAUAACUUCUGCUUGUGUAGCUAUAGAACUUGCCGGUGCCAAUGUCGUUUUGAAUGCUUACGAUACUAGUGGAAAUGUUUUGGGCUGCGUACAGGGCAAUGUACCG